UAAAAGGAUGUACCGCCGAUUGGUGCUACUUUAGUAUUGCAGAGUUAACGCAAGAUAGAAGAAACGACAAAGAUGGCUCGGCUCAGUUUCAUCCUGACGAUCGUCGUCGUUACGUUGGCGUGCGUACUCGGCGCGGAAGAGACGUAUUCGGAUCGUUAUGAUGAUGUCGAUAUCGAGGGAAUUUUGGCGAAUCAAAAAUUGCGAGAGCAAUAUUACAACUGUUUCAUUGGCAACGCGCCGUGCAGGACCGCAGAUGCGAAAUUCUUUUCUGGGGUCUUAGGUGAAGCUAUGCAAACUCAAUGCAAGAAAUGCACUGAAAAGCAAAAAGCCCUUUUGGAUCGCAUGGCCGAUUGGUAUACAACAAAUAAGCCUGAUGCUUGGGAAGCUCUUAUUAAGAAGCAAGUAGAGGAUGCAUUAAAGAAGAGCGGUUAGACUGGAAAAGGAUUUAACUAUAAGCUGACGCCGCUGAAACUAUCUAUGACGAGGAUGAAAUUAUGACAAAUGACAAUUACCUAUGAAAUUCUUUACAUCUUAAAAUAUCAUUGUUCAGAGAAGAAACUAAUGUAAUUCUUGCGAUACUAUAUAGUGUAGUGUUACACUGUUAGAAUAAAAAUAUAAAAUAAAUUCAAUUUUAUUCCUUUUAUUAUAA